GCAUUUCAGGGUCAAAUUGUCAUUUUCAAAUGGCGUCGCCCAGCCAGGUUAUGUUGCUGACUUCGAUCCCGAGAAAACUAGCGCGCAAAGGCAAAUUAAAUCGCAACAGGCGCCUACGGCGUAAACGUAACAAGAAGUUUUUCCUGUUGAAAUUAAAAGCUAAACGCGCUGCACGGUCGGAGGACUCUUUGUGCGAAAGCAUCGCCGAUCUUUUCGACAUCGGAGGAGACCAAACAAUGGACAUCAACAACAUACACUCACACACAGCUGGAGCAGCGAGCGGAACAUUCGCGCAGUCAAUGCAAGAGGUCGCUGACUGGCAACAUCAACAUCAACUGGCUCACUGGAAGUCGAGGGCACUUGCAUUACAAAUGGAAAAUCAAAUGCUACACAAACACAUCAAGCGAUUAUACGACAAGCAAAUGCAGCAAUAUUUAACGUAUAAAGACGCUGAGUGGAAGCAAGUGGCACCCAAGGAGGAAACAACAAAGCGGCAUUCGGUAAAACAAACAGCCAAACCGGAUAUUAAUGGCGGAAAUGUAAAGUUAGGAAAUGACAAGGUUGAAACAGAUGAAAUGGCACUUCCGCCAAGUGAACAACCUGGAGAAGCUAGACGAAAAAAACUAUUGGAAAUGUACGGCGAUAAAGCGGCGAAAAUAAACGGAAUGGAAACAUCAAUACAACUUAAUUUUGAAUAUUGUAUGAAUAAGGAUAAUCCGCCAUAUUGGCCCAAUAUACCCCUUAAAAUGUAAUCUAAUUAUUAAAUUCUUACAAUAAA